UGUAAUGAUUUGUCGCACCUUCCGGGUAGCUGGGAAGAAGUGCUUGGACCAUUAUGUAAGGUUAAGAACUCAAAAGAUAUCAGUUCUGUUGCGGACAAGGUUUACAACACCAAACUGGGUUAAGCACAAGGAGCCAAGAGAGGUUCAUAUGUUUGUUGAUCUGCUGCUUCAAGAGUUCGAAGCCAUAAGAGGCGAAGUAAAGCAGAUUUUACCUCCAGAACUUAGCCGUAAACAUCGUCGUACAGACAGUAACGGGAGCACCACCACUUCUCGCAGCAUUCCUUUGAGAGACGACAGAAUGAACCGGUCAAAUACCCAAAGGGCCACGAGCCAGCUACUGGAAUCCCAUCUAGCAAAAUUGUUUAAACAAAAAAUGGAGAUAUUUACGAAAAUUGAAUUCACACAGGUUUGGUAGGAGUGCUUGUUGCUAGGUAAUUUACAUUAUUCCCCCUGGUAAUAUAGCUAUUUUUUAGUUCUUUGUAAUGAUGAUGAUCCUUGAAGGACAUCAAGGACAUCAAUAAAUCAAAUUUUCUGACUUUUUGAUGGUUUA